AAUGAUGAUGAAUUAUUUUUUCUUGUUGUUGGUGAUAAUAAAGUUAAAUUAUUUGUUGUUGCUCGUGAUGAUGAUGUUGAACUGUUUGUUGUUAGUUCUGGUGAUAAUGAUGAUGAAUUAUUUUUUCUUGUUAUAGGUGAUAAUAAUGUUAAACUAUUUGUUACUACUCGUGAUGAUGAUGUUGAACUUUGA